UGAUUAUAAUUAGUUCAAGGGACAAAGAUGUCGGUUGUCCGAGUUCUCUGUUUCGUUGCAGUAUUGCAUUGUAUGUCUGCAUCUGUCCUCCAUCACGAUUUUCAAAAACUGGGUGGACCAUGCCCAGCCGCACAGGACCCAUGUUUGAACGGCGGCAUCUGUACAGUGACUGGGUCUGUGACCAGCUGUGCCUGUGUGGGUGGAUUCAAUGGACUAUUCUGUGAUGCUGGCCCUACUCCGGCUCCUACGGCACCACCAACAGGUACUACAUUUAGGUGCACAUUUGAAUAUGGUGCUGAUCCAUGUUUUCUGAGUCAGGAAACCUUGGACACUUUUGAUUGGACUUUUUCAAAGAAUGUUGCGGCCUCUUAUAGGUACGGCACGGGGCCGAACAGUGCUAGUGAGGGAACAAGCUAUGCAUUCAUCUAUGCAUCUACAUCUACUCCCAGGAGUCACGGAGCUGAUGCCAUUCUUAUUUCUAGUAUCCUGCCAAUGGAGGAUUUAUGUCUAACCUUUGACUACCACAUGUAUGGAUACCAUAUGGGGAGCCUCAGCGUCCUAAUCAACGACGUCAGUUCUGCUGCUUUAAACCCCACCAUGAGAGUCUUGUGGACUAAGAGUGGUGACAAGGGAGAUAUAUGGCAUAACGCUGUAAUCCAGAUCCCUGCAACACCAUCUCUAAGGGUUUCCUUUGAGGGCAUUGUAGGUGGAUUCACAUCUGAUGCCGCAAUUGACAAUGUUGUUCUUGGACCAGGAUAUUGUGGCUGCUCUCCAUCCCCAUGUCAAAAUGGUGGAACCUGCUCUGAGGAUGCACUGGGACAGAUAAGUUGCACCUGCAUCCCCGAUUUUACUGGAGGAUUGUGCGAAACCUUAGGUGGAAGCCUCCAUUGUUCUUUCGAAGACUGCGCCCACUGUUUCCUGCAUCAAGACCAGCAUGAUGACUUUGAUUGGUCUAUCAUAAGUGGUAGUAGUACCCCUUGCCUUGAUACGGGGCCAUCAUCGGCAUUUGAAGGAAACAAGUACGCUUUCAUUGAAGCCACCGGUCCUAGAAUACAAUAUGAAAUUGCAGAGUUUUACGUGGAUUUGGGUACCAAUUCUGCUCAGCGCUGUCUUUCCUUUGCCUAUCACAUGUAUGGAAUCCACAUUGGCAGUCUGAAGAUUUCUCACUUGGAUGGUCAGCAGGUUGUGACAUUAUGGUCACAAGCUGGAAACCAGGGAAACAACUGGGAGACAGCAUCUGUGCAAAUCCCUGCUAUGAACAAUGGACAGAUCUACAUCACUGGAGUCCAUGGAGAUGGUUGGAGCGGUGACAUUGCUAUUGACGACGUGGAACUGAAAACAGGAACAUGUGGAUGCCUUGCAAUGCCUUGCAGGAAUGGUGGAACUUGUACCAAUGACAAUGCUGUAGGAUUCGUCUGCACCUGUGUUGCAGGAUUCACGGGCGUAAUGUGUGAAAGCCCAGAUGGGAGUAUUCCUGUGACCUGCACAUUUGAAGAUGGAGCCUCCUGUUUUCUGGAGCAGAUCAAAGCUGGGUUGGACAUGUUUGAUUGGACUAUAAAUCAGGGUAGCACCCCCAGCGUUGAUACGGGGCCAUCAUCGGCAUUUGAAGGAAACAAGUACGCUUUCAUUGAUGCCUCCUCAUUUGAUGCCUCCGGUUCUAGAAUACGAUAUGCAGAUAUUGCACAGUUUUACGUGGAUUUGGGUACCAAUUCUGCUCAGCGCUGUCUGUCCUUUGCCUAUCACAUGUAUGGAAGCGACAUUGGCAUUCUGAAGAUUUCUCACUUGGAUGGUCAGCAGGUUAUGACAUUGUGGUCACGAGCUGGAAAGCAGGGAAACCACUGGGAGACGGCAUCUGUGCAAAUCCCUGCUAUGAACAAUGGACAGAUCUACAUCACUGGAGUCCGAGGAGAUGGUUGGAGCGGUGACAUUGCUAUUGAUGACGUGGAACUGAAAACAGGAACAUGUGGAUGCCUUGCAAUGCCUUGCAGGAAUGGUGGAACUUGUACCAAUGACAACAAUGCUGUAGGAUUCGUCUGCACCUGUGUUGCAGGAUUCACGGGCAUAAUGUGUGAAAGCCCAGAUGGGAGUAUUCCUGUGACCUGCACAUUUGAAGAUGGAGCCUCCUGUUUUCUGGAGCAGAUCGAAGCUGGGGUGGACAUGUUUGAUUGGACUAUAAAUCAGGGUAGCACCUCUAGCCCUGUUACGGGGCCAUCAUCAGCAUUUGAAGGAAACAAGUACGCUUUCAUUGAUGCCUCCGGUCCUAGGAUAGAAUAUGAUAUUGCACAGUUUUACGUGGAUUUGGGUACCAAUUCUGCUCAGUGCUGUCUGUCCUUUGCCUAUCACAUGUAUGGAUUCCACAUUGGCAGUCUUGAGAUUUCUCACUUGGACAGUCAGCAGGUUAUGACAUUGUGGUCAAGAGCUGGAAAGCAGGGAAACAACUGGGAGACGGCAUCUGUGCAAAUCCCUGCUAUGAACAAUGGACAGAUCUACAUCACUGGAGUCCGAGGAGAUGGUUCGAGCGGUGACAUUGCUAUUGACGACGUGGAACUGAAAACAGGAACAUGUGGAUGCUCUGCAAUGCCUUGCAGGAAUGGUGGAACUUGUACCAAUGACAAUGCUGUAGGAUUCGUCUGCACCUGUGUUGCAGGAUUCACGGGCGUAAUGUGUGAAAGCCCAGAUGGGAGUAUUCCUGUGACCUGCACAUUUGAAGAUGGAGCCUCCUGUUUUCUGGAGCAGGUCAAACCAAAAGUGGACACUUUUGAUUGGACUAUAAAGCAGGGCUACAGUAGUAGCACCCCUAGCCCUGGAUCAUGGUACGAUGAUACAUGGCCAUUCCCUAUCCAUGAUACGGGGCCAUCAUCGGCAUUUGAAGGAAACAAGUACGCUUUCAUUGAAGCCACCGGUCCUAGAAUACAAUAUGAAAUUGCAGAGUUUUACGUGGAUUUGGGUACCAAUUCUGCUCAGUGCUGUCUGUCCUUUGCCUAUCACAUGUAUGGAAGCGACAUUGGUAGUCUUGAGAUUUCUCACUUGGAUGGCCAGCAGGUUAUGACAUUGUGGUCAAGAGCUGGAAACCAGGGAAACAACUGGGAGACGGCAUCUGUGCGAAUUCCUGCUAUGAACAAUGGACAGAUCUACAUCACUGGAGUCCGAGGAGAUGGUUCGAGCGGUGACAUUGCUAUUGAUGACGUGGAGCUGAAAACAGGAACAUGUGGGAGUGUUCCUGGGACCUGCACAUUUGAAGAUGGAGCCUACUGUUUUCUGGAGCAGGUCAAUGCUGCAGUGGACAGUUUUGAUUGGACUAUAAAUCAGGGAGGCACCCCAAGCUCAAACACUGGACCAGAUAAUGCCCACACUGGAUCAAAAUAUGCAUUUAUCGAAGCUUCCUCCCCUAGAAUUAGUGGAGAUAAUGCAAUCCUCAGCUCUGAGCAGACUACUUUCCUACCCAUGAAUCGAUGCCUGCAGUUUUACUUUCACAUGAAGGGUAAUUCAAUUGGGGAUCUAAUUGUGCUGUCCGGCGAGCGAGGUUCUGAAACAACGGUCUGGAGCUUGUCGGGUGCACAAGGAAACGAUUGGGUGUACACUGAAGUCAGCUUGCCAACAGCAGCUGAUCUUGUGAUUGCGAUUGAGGGUGUGCGAGGGAGCGACUGGAGGGGAGACAUUGCUAUAGACGAUCUGGAGCUUAAUGCCGGACUUUGUUGAUGACUUUGUUCCUUUAGAGGAUGGAUAAAGGAAAUCCAAAUGGAAAUGGAAAUGCUGACAUUAUAUUCAUAUCUAUAUAUAUAUAAUGCUUAAGUGCUGUUUUUAAUUUUUUUAAAUAAGUCCUGUUAAUGUUGAUCAAACAGGUUUGUUAUUCACUGCCUUAAUAUUGUUAAGAUAUUUUAAAGAGUAAAGACAAGGUCAUUUUAUUCUGUUAAAAA